GAUCGAGGGAAAAAAGCUUCUCUGAAGGGACCCAUGAUAUGUCUCCUCAGUAGUAGACUCAAUAUGUGACCUUCAUCUUUUUUUUUUCUCCAUUCUUCUCUACCCUUACCUUUUAAUUUUACUAUUUUUCACCUUGGAUCAUCCAUAUUUUCCCAAAAACACACAAGAUUUGUCUCCCGAAAACGCAGCUUCAUGUCAAGUAACAUACCGAAAGAUCCGUCUGAAGGGUCCUCGCGACCUGCGAGCGGUGAUCAAAGCCUUCAUCCUGCACCUUUGAGCCGUUACGAAUCGCAAAAACGACGUGACUGGAACACUUUUGGGCAGUACCUAAAGAAUCAAAGGCCUCCGGUUUCUCUCUCGCAGUGCAACUUCAAUCACGUUCUGGAAUUCCUCCGAUACCUUGAUCAAUUUGGAAAAACAAAGGUUCAUUUACAUGGGUGUGUUUUUUUUGGGCAGCCUGAUCCACCAGCCCCUUGCACUUGUCCUCUUAGGCAAGCUUGGGGAAGUCUAGAUGCGCUAAUUGGGCGAUUAAGAGCCGCCUAUGAAGAGAACGGCGGCUCUCCCGAGAAAAACCCAUUUGGAAAUGGAGCAAUUCGGGUUUAUUUACGAGAAGUGAAGGAGUGCCAAGCUAAGGCCAGGGGGAUCCCAUACAAGAAGAAGAAGAAGAGGAAGAAUCAAAUCAAGGCCAAUGAAGAAGUGAAGGCUGCCAAGCUGCAGGCUACUUGAAAAUUGCUCCAAUUCGGUUUUCUCCACGCAAAAUGUCAUAUUGCAGGAAGGUGAUCAUUGGGAAUAUGAAGAUCGAUUACAGAAGGCAGAAGGAAGUUCUUCGGUUCUGGAAAUGCAACUAGAGGGUUCUUCUCUCCUUUAGGUAUAUAUAAUUUAUAAGAACAUACAUUAAUUAGUCGGCGAACACCUCAAAAGUAAUAAAUAUAAAAUAAUUUUGAUGCAGCACAUUAUAUAUAUACAUUAUGUACUUUUAGUUUAAUUAAUUACGUAGAACUCAGAUGAACCAUAUUUCAUUUAGGGCAGAAAAAGUCUGUAAAUCGCAAUAGUGAUCGAGCUUUUGCC